AUGAGUACUAGGAAAAAGAAAUCCGAUAAAAACAAUAGUGAGUUAACAGCUCUCUCAAGAACAACGCUUGAUUUUCGAUCGAACAAUAACACUAAUAGUAAUGCUAGUAGCCACAAUAAUCCUAAUUACGGCAACACCAGCAACAAUAACGAGAAUCUACCAAUGGCAGUCACUAAAACUAGUAGCGUGGCAGCCAAUGCAGCCAAUGUUGCUCUUAGUCUUUUUUUGUCAAAGGCGCCUAAAAAAUUACUAGUAGUACAUAAAGCUUUUACUUCUAAAAAACCGAAGCAAGUCAGGCAAAACAAAAAUGGGAGUGAAGAACAACUCAUAAAAGAAGAUAAGUUUAGCCAAGAGAAUCCUACUAGUAAUUAUGAAUCUCAAGUUUACUCGAUUGGUGAUCGACGACUGUCGAGAUCUCUAGAUGAAAUAAAAAUUGACCCAACCUCCCGCUCAGAGCAUCUACGCCGACCUUCCGAACCAAUCCCAAUGAGAAAUAAGAAUAACAGUAAGCAUGACUUUGUUUAUCAACAUACAACAACAAAUGAUUCAAGGAAUAAUAAUAGCAACUCAGGAUUGCCGGCAAUUAGUAUUCAACAUGUUGAUCAUACACCAUUUUCAUCCAUCACCACUACGAAAUCUAACAAUAGUAAUACAUCAACAUCACUUAUAGUAUUAAAAGAGGGAUUUUUAAAUAAGAAAAUCGAUUUUGAUCCAAAAUCGGCAAAUUCACGUGGAUGGAAAGUUUAUCGUGUUAUUUUGAGAGGAUCAAAAUUAUAUUUUUAUAAACCACCCUCUGAAGAAGUCUUAAAAACCUUUUUUGGGGCGAGUAAGAACACUGACAAUAAUAAUAAAGACUUUAUUAGUGGAAAUGAAAUUUCCUCUAAUCUAUCACCGAUUACAGAAAAUGAGCGAGGGAUGGACUUGAAUCCCAUAAAUUUUGAUUCUAAUUUAAGGACAUUAAUCUUCGGAGAUGAUUCUACAAAUGGACAAGAUUGGGAUAACAGAUCGGUGAGCAGCACACGUGGAAUUACCGAUAAAGACAAUAGUAAUGAUACUAACAGACAAGGCAAAGGAUAUUUUACCAAAUGGAAAUUAGACGGAUGUUAUCCAAUCCAUAAUGUCGACGUUAUUCCUGAUCCAAAUUUAACAUCUGGCUAUUCGCCUUAUAUCGCUCCUUCAUCUCAACCAAAUUAUUUCUCUCCAACUCAACGUGUUAAUGAUGAUAAUUCAUCUAUUCAUUCAUUUUCUUCAAAUCUAUCCGCGACACAAAGUACUCCGUCAUCUUCUGGUACAAUUUUAUACCUUUCGAUUGUGGAUGGCGAACAAGAGCAAUACAGAGUUUUUUUUACAUCCAGUAGUGAGAAAAGGAAAUUAUGGGCAGCUAAAUUAUUUGCAGCCAAAGAAGCCAGUCUAAGAAAAAUGGUAAGAUUAAAAUCUCCCAACGAAAUAUCCAACGAGAAAAUACCAAACGGAUAUAACAAUGAAGCUUCAGAAAAUUUGAAUGGUGCUACUACUGUUCCUGUCAGUUCCGAAAAAAAUGAUGGAGGAGGGGGUCCUAGUUUAAGAAGAGGCAGGGCUUUUUGGGGAACGGGAAAACAUCCUGAAUUAGUCACAAAAGAACCUCAAUAUCAACAAUCACAUUUAGUUAAUAUUUUUGAGAACCCAGGACAAUCGUAUCAAGUGGAACAACCCAAAACAGAACGCUGUAUUCGAGGAGGAUCAAUCGAUUCGUUGAUUCAUGAGAUCGUAUUUCAAACUCAGAAAGACGAACAAGAUAAUGAUGAGUAUCUUUAUGCUUUUCUGCUCACAUAUCCAUUAUUCACUGAUGUGCAUUUUAUAUUCCGAGAAUUAAGACGUUAUGCUAGCGUCCAAUUUUCUCUCUCUGAAGAUGACGAAUUAUUCAAAUCUAAAGCAAUCAGCAAAAGACUAAUUACAAUUUUGGAGACUUGGUGUAUUUGCUUUGAUGCAGAUUUGGCAAGAGAAGAUAUUUUUGAUGAAAUGGUUGAAACUGUGGAUCAAGAAUUGAUAAAAAAUGAUAUCCCUGGAGCGGAAAAUCUCAAAAAAUUAAUACAGACCAAAAGGACACGAAUAGAAAAAGAAAUUUCUAACGCAGCAUUGCCUUCGUUGCCACCAUCACCACAAUUCUCACAAGAUUAUUUAUCAGAUCAGGAAUCAGCGGAUUUGGAUUUAUCCAAUUUACUUAUCACUGGACUAACACCAGCAUUGUUCUUGAAAAUGAAACCCGAAGAAUUAGCACGACAACUUUAUAUUUAUCAUUUCGCGGAAUUUCGUAAAUUCAAUCCAGCCAGAGAUCUAAAGAACUUUACUCCAUCGAGUGCAAAUAUGAACAGUGGAGAAAACCCAUUAAAUUUCACAGCUACCAAACCUCAUUUUAUUACCAGACUAAUAUUGCAUCAUCUACUGAUAGCAACACAACAAUCUGCCUAUGCAUCUCGUAGACCGGCACUUUUAAACCAUUGGAUUCGCACAGGUGUAGAAUGUAAAUUAUUAGGAGACAUGGUAGGAUGGAUGGCUGUUGCAUCGGGUGUUUGCUCUCCUGGUGUGGUCCGUCUAAAGGAAACAUGGAAGAGAGUACCUGAGAAUUUGCGAAAAGUCAUUGUAAAUGAAUGGGCGCAAAUUUUAUUAGAUUGUGGUGGAAUGGAAGGAGAUGUCGAUUCAUCUAAUUUAAGAUCUUUACUACUACAUCGAAAAAAUGACGAGGAUAACAUUGAAAGCAGUAAAAAUGAAGAUGAGAGUCCGUCGACCCAAUUAAUACCAUAUUUUGCAUUUGAAAUAGAUACAGUAUUUAGUGGUGGUGAUUCAGUUGCUACCAUUAUUAAUAAUCGAUUAAAAACAAUCGAAUCAAGCACAUGUUCAUUCACAGCAAAGCCUCAGCUUCAAAAAUAUUUUCAACAUUUGAAUACAAUUCCUGCAUCUUCUUCACUUGAUGCAUGGCAAUUAUUUGAAUCGUCAUUAGCAUGUGAACCACGUGUGCAUGGACAAUAUUUAGAAUUAAAUGCACGUCAACGUAAAUCACACUCAGCCUAUUUUCCAUUAUUAUUCACUGAAGUUAUUCCAUCCAAUCGAUUAUUUGAACGUAAAGCAUUUUUAGAUGCAAGUGGGGCCCUUGGAAGAAAAUCAUCAAAUUCUUCGAUUAAUCAUGAGAAUACGAAAAUCGGACCAUUAACCUCAACCACCUGGAAUACAGGAUUAGAUUUGGUAACGAGAAAUUGGUUAGGUGGAUUUGUGCAAAGCCGAGGUGGUGAUAAAUUAUUACUGAAAUCAAUGAAAGACAUUGCUGGUGUAGACGAGAUUCUGUUGUUUGUAAAAGAUGGUGAAUUAGUAUUCAAAUCGAUUAGAGAUGCAACAGGAUCAAGACCACAAAGUAUUGUUGAGUCUUCGUCAUCAUCAUUCGCCGAAAAUUUAUCAAAAAGAAAUUCGUUUAUUGCUCUCGCCCAUCAUCAAUUAUCACCUUCAUCUACCUCAUUAGGAAUCAAUAAUACCGUUGGUAAUAAUGACGAAUCUUCACUAAUAGUGGUGGUUAAAGCUGGAACUUUGGAACGUCUAUUGGAUGUACUGAUUAAUGGUGUUGCUUCUUACAGUACAAGUGUAGUUGAUGAUAAUGGUGAACCACCAUUAAUUAUCGCAAAACAAGGACAAUUGACCAUUAGUUCUGUUGAAUAUAUGGCAACGUUUUUUGCCACCUAUCGUAGUUUUUGUAGUGCAAGUAUGUUAUUGGACAAUCUGAAGAAGAGAUUCAUGAAUGCCAAAAGUUUAGCAAAAUAUCCCCAAGAUUCCAUUCCGACCAUCACUUUCACAAAAGAAAAGGCAUCAGAGUCAUCCGAAACAACAACAUAUGAUUGGAAAAUGCUUGCAAUGAUACAAACUCGAAUACUAUCCGUACUUGAAUAUUGGAUUCAGGAAUCAUUCCAUGAUUUUUCGGACGAUCUGGCUUUAAAGAAUCGAAUGAUGCAUUUUAUCGAUGAAUUUAGAGUGGAAGUUGAUCAAUGGUCUAAUAUUGUUAAUGACGACGAACUUUCUCGAUAUUACGCGGAAGAAGUCAAGGCAUUAGUUUUAUCUCUUAAACGUUUGGCAUUAUUAAAAAGUUAUGAGCCCUCAUGUGACAUACAGAAUGGGAAAUCAAUUGCUUUAUUGGAUACAAUGCUUAAAACUGAAAAAACCAAUAUCCGAAAUGACACAACUGACUUGCCGCCUAUUAUCCAGUCAAUUGAAAAUAAUAAUAUUGCCGAUUUAUUGGAUAGUAUUGAUCUUAUUGUACUUGAAUUAUUCGAAGCAGUCUCACCAAACGAUUGGGUUUUAGCUUUUGAAAUACUGGAAACUCAAUCUGCCGAAGUAUUAGGCUGGUAUCCAAAGAAACAGACAAGUUGGAUUCCCGACGAUGAACUAGUGAUCACAGAUAUAUUCACCACACUCUCUCAAACAAAUUGGGUGGGAAAUAACAAAGAUUCGGUGAUUAACGUUCUUCCACCAUCGAUUCAGGCUCUUUUUCGUGUGCAUUAUAGUAUUCGUAAUUGGACAAUGCAUGAAGUUACUUCAACUCAAAUUGAUUUCCUGUCAAGAGUGAAGAGAAUCGAUUCAUUGCUUAAUAUGAUAUCAUUAAGUAGAAAACGAAUGGCCAAGAUGGAUAUUUAUCCAAAAGAUGAAACAACAUCUCAUCAUUAUCAAUACGAAUCUAAUGAGUCACGAAGAAGCGUUCCAUCCUUUGUUGAAAGUGCUAUUGUUGGUGGAUUAAUUAGUCCAGAGUGUAGAUUAUUCACCAGAGCUUGGUUGGAAAUUUCAAUUCAACGUAAUUGUUCAUUAGAAACAUUGGAACCAUUAUUACAUCAUUCUAGGAUGUUGGAGAUUUGUUGCAAUAUUCCGGACAUGUCAUUCGAAUCGGAUAAAUUGAUUAAUUUCGAUAAAAGGCGCUACGUCUAUAAUCUAAUUCAAAUAUUUGUGCGUUCUCAAUUGGAUCUAGUGGAACGUGCAGAUCAUCGACAUCCGGUUAUUGAUGUUCGAUUUUUAAAGAUUAAUAAUUCUUUGCAAUUAAAAAUCGGGAAAACGGAUUUACGUGUAUUAAAAGAGAUUUCAACUAAAGAAACAUUUAAUAUGAAAUUUGGUAAUUUACCUUCAUCCUUGGGCAAAUCUUUGAAACAACCGACAUUCAAUAAAUUAUUAAGUGAACAACAAGAGAAACUGAAACGCGAUCAAAAGGAACGAGAAAAAUUGAUCAAAGAAAUUCGAGAAACCCAACAUAAAUUACAGAAACAAAGGAACGAAGAAGCUCGUCUCUUAGAGAAACGUUCAAAAGAACAACAACAGAAGCAACAACAGCAGCUUCAACAGGAUCAAUCACAUCACAAUGGAGGCCUGUUGGUGAUAAAUCUCAUUAAUUCGCAAACAUCCGUCGAUUAUGGACUCAUUCAAAAAGAAUCAGUAUUUCGAAUUGUAAGUGAAGAAGGCGGUCAAUACCUGUUCCAAGCACUUAAUGAUGAGGAUAUGCACGAUUGGAUAAGUAAAAUCACUGAAUCUGCUAAAGAAGGCGCUGCCAGAAGAUACACCGUAUUUAAAGCUGAUGCUGUUCACCAUGAUGAUAAUAACAAUAAUGAGAAGAUUGAUAUGUCUAUGGAUUCACAGCCACCACCAAAGACGCGUGGUUCAGUUUAUGGCAAAGCAAUAUCGACGCUGAUGAGAAAUGGUGAAAUCCCAAUUCUUGUUGAAAAAUGCAUAUGCGAAAUUGAAAAACGAGGUUUGAAUGAAGUUGGUAUUUAUCGUGUACCUGGUUCUCAAACUGCAAUUAAUAAUCUGCAAAAAGCCUUUAAUACAAACGCUCAUUUGGUUGAUUUAAGCGGAGAAGAGUAUAGUGACAUUUACGUUGUUGCUGAUGCUCUCAAACUUUUCUUCCGCAGUUUACCCGAACCAGUAAUGACCUACGAAUUAUAUGACGAUUUCAUAAAAGUCGCUGCACUUGAGAAUCAUGACCAAAGAUCCGCCGCAAUUAAAGAUCUCUUGCAAAGAUUACCAAACUCAAAUUAUUGUUUAUUGAAGAGAUUAAUGGAACAUUUAGAAAGAAUCACUGAUUAUGAAGAGAUCAAUCACAUGUAUGCCCAUAAUUUGGCAAUCGUCUUUGGACCAACAUUAUUGAAAUCGCCCAAUUUCGGCAUCACAAUGACAAAUUUGGGAAUUCAUACCGGAAUCGUUAAAAAUCUUAUCCUUCAAUAUCAUUGGUUUUUCAAUAUCGAGGAAGAAGCUACCGACAAUGAAUUUAACGAGCUCUCGGAUCCUAAUACCCAAGACGAGGACCGAGAAAUUGAAGAUGAACUCCAAUAUAAUCCGCAUUCAGAAAUACCAAUUUCGGAUGAUAAUUCAUCAUCGGGAGAGGUUGAAAAUGUAUGGGAGGCUAAUUCAUCAGCCGCAGAGACUUUUGGCGGCGAAUCUUAUGACGAAAGCGAGAUGAUUGAAUUCCAACAACAGGAAUCUAUUAUUUCCACUGAUGAUCAGUCCUUUAAUGAAGAAGAAUUUGAGGAUCAUCGACAGCAGUUAAAAAAUAAGGACUCUGAUAUAAGACAAUCGUCAGCAUCUUCAUUGGAUGACGGUCAUCAAAUGGUAGAUCAAUUCUUUGUUGGCGCUGCUGCUGCUUCUGGCAAUAGGGAAUCCAUGUUAACAGAUGUGAUAGAAGAUCCCGAAGGAGAACAAGAGUCGGGCAAUGAACAAUUAAUUAUUCUUAAUUGA